AACCAUAAAAUUUACUCCCUUUUUUUUUUUUUAAUAGCAGCACCCCUCCAGCCGGCCAUAUUGGAGGUUGGGAAAUAAAGCAGCUCAAAAAUUGUGUGUGUCUUGGAAAUAACCCAGUGCACUUGAAAAAAAAAAAAGCCAAACAACAGCAACAAAAACCAGCCACAACAAACACCAAAAUCUUCGCCAUACACAAAGGUGCUUGAAAAUGAGCAAGGAGCCUUGGGUUCUCUGGCCCACCUUGUGCCUCACUGGGCUCAGCUUGCUUGUCUCUCUGGCACCCUGUGGGCUGGGCAUGGAGAUCACGGCACAAUCUACCAUCAGUGCCUUGAAUGGCACAUCCGUGCGCCUUCCCUGCACCUUCAACUCCUGCUACAAAGUGGAGAACAAACAGUUCUCCCUGAACUGGACAUACCAGAGAUGUGAGAAGUGCAGCGAGCAGCUGUUUCUGCAGUUCCGGAUGAAGAUUGUGCACUGGCGGCUGGAUCGCUUCGGGAAUAGGGUGGAGUUCACCGGAAACCCCAGCAAGAACGACGUGUCCUUCACCCUCCACCAGGUGCAGCUGGAGGAUGAGGGCACCUACAACUGCUACGUGAUGAACCUGCCUGACAGGCACCGGGGCCAUGCCCGCAUCUUCCUCAAGGUCAUCACCGAAGUGCCCCCGGAGCGCGACUCCACGGUGGCUGUUAUCGUGGGAGCCUCGGUGGGGGGCUUCCUGGCCGUGGUGAUCCUGGUGCUGGUAAUCGUCAAGUGCGUGCGGAGGAAAAAGCAGCAGAAACUGAACACAGAUGACCAGAAAACGGAGGAGGAAGGGAAGACAGACGGUGAAGGGAACCCUGAGGAGGGCACCAAGUAAUGGCCCCCUCUCCUUUUCCCCUGUACAGUGUGACCCCUCAUGUGCUUCUCCAGAGCACGGAUUUCAGACUCCCCAGAAUUACUGAGUAUCCCUCAUCUACGUAACCGGGCCUGACCCCCAGGAAUCCAGGCUUCAGCGGGGCCUGGGGAGAAGACUGCUGCACGCCUGGCCUGGGCUAGGGCUGGGCGGAGAUGGGUGAAUUACCUGAGCCUAAUGCACCUGUCCCCUGCACCAGGCUGCCGUCUGCUCCCACCCACCUCUCCCUACGAGCCAAGAAGAGCCCUGAGUGCCAGGGCACUGCCCAGGGCAGGGGCUGGAGCAAUCCAGAGGCUGUGGCUGAGAGGGAGGGAGAUGGAGCUAGGGGAGAGGGAGGCAGGACUUCCCUGAGAACCGUGCAAGCGGGGAGAGAGUAGUGGCUUUGGGGAGGAGAGAGGGCUGCAGCCUCUCAGCAUGAUGGGCAAUGGAGCUGGGGAGGGGGGUCCAGCAAGCCCUUCUGCCCUAGGCUCUGGCACUGGUGUGAGAUGUUAGUGUGCUGGCCAGGGGGAAGAUUCCUGUGAAGGCCAGAGGGUUCUCCUGUGUCUCCUAUUCAUGGCAGAGCCUCGAGCACAGGGGACCCUUUGCUAUGUCAAGUAAUCUGGUCGAUCUCCCUGGAACCCCUCGAGCUCCGUCACCAUGGGCCAGUCUCCUCCCCAGGCCCUUCUGACCUGCUCCCAUCCAUAAAGGCACCCGGCUCCUAUCUGAACUUUGUAAUGGGCAUUAACAGGGCACCAGCGUUAUGGGAAGGCAGGGGGUGCAGCUCCUCUGUCGGGCAGGGGCACGGGAGCAGAGGGCAUAGCACCAAUGUUGGGCAGGCGAUUGGGGGCAGUGGGCGUAGUGCCUCUGUCGGGCGGGAGGGUGGUGGGGGCAGUGCCUCCGUCAGGCAGAGGGACGGGAGCCAUCGGGCAGGGGGGACAGGGAGGCGGUGCAGGCAGUGCCUCUGUCCGGCUGGAGGACAGGAAGUUGACAAUUCAAUGGAGGUGCCUGUGUUUUCUAGCUGGUUAUUUUCUCAUCCUUGGCAGGGAUUGACACAGUCUAAUUUGUUGCCUCAUCUCUAUCCUGGCCAAGGCACGUAAAGGAGAGCCGGGAAGUGUGGGCGUGGGACAGUUCGCCAUGUGGUACUGCAGGCUGGUCCCAGGCACCUCUUGCUAACUGCCAUGAGGCCUUGGCAUUGGGACAUCCCUGUCCACCAGGGACUCCUUGAGGACUCCUUGCCGCCUCCUCUUUUUAGCCAGCAACUCCCUCUUGGAAGCAAAUGGGAAACUCUGGGCAAAUGCCAGCUCUGAUUCUUGUGCCCCAGGAAAUGAAUUCUGAGCAAGCCUUGCCUUCACUGCCAUGCGCUGGUGGGCGAAAAGCCACUGCCGAAUUGCCAAGAAUAUAGUAACUGCAGAAGCCCACUGCAGAGAGAUCGUUCCACUGCUAAACAGAGCCAUGGAAGCAUUACAGACAGGGACCUCCAGGAGGGGGGAUGUCCAUUUUCUUCUCUUCCGCUCUUCCCCCCACCCCCCAUCCCCAAAUUGCAAAUGUAAGCCUGCUCCUGGCUUCCCUUGUAGGUGAGCAGAGAGUCUGGGCUGCCCCCAGGGAGGGAGUGGGAUUGCGCUAGGGGAGUGAUUGGAGACUAUUGUCCCCGGGCUGUGCACUGGCAGGGGGUUCGUGUUUUAAACAUUCAUGUGAUAGGCAGGGGAGGGCCUGGCUUGGGUCCCUCAGGCUGUGAGUGCCAGAGCUGGCCAUAGGGGGCUUACCCCAGGGAUAGAGACCUGACUACCUGGAGCCCCAGUGAAGUCUCUUUAUGCGCAGACCCUUCUGAGCACAGUGGCUCUGCGGCAUGCUGGCGUGGGGCUGUUUCUGGUAGAGGGAGAAAGGCAACCAUGCCAGGGUCCACAGGGCGGCUGGAUUAACAUUUGGCCUUGGAGAAGAGGGGAGCCGUAUCUUUGCCUGCAUUCAUGCUCGUUACCAACCCUUCACAGACCAUCCAGCAUCCCAGGGCCCGGCCUCUGAGCCUGCAGUUGAUUUUCCAUGGGCCGGAUCCCAAGGGCCUGAUUCUCUGCCUGCGCAAGGACUGGAAACAAUGCUGUCAGGCUCUGGGUUUAUGCUUCCUAGGCGGAAAUACUGACCCAUUUUGUUUGCAGUCAGUGCGUGGAGAGGACUCUGCAGGGGUUGGCAUGGGCUGAGCAUGGGCCAGGGAGCCUGGAACUCUGCAUGGCAGCCAUGGCUCUGGCAGAUGCCCUCUGUAGCCCUGGGGCAGCUGUUACUUCCCCUCUUUCUCCCUCAGCUUCCCUGUAUGUUACAAUCGGGUAACAGCCCUGCCUCCCCGGGGGCUGUGGGGCCCAGUCACCACGUCCUGCUGCGAAGCGGGGAACGUGGGGUCACGCUGUCGACACAUUUACUCCUCUUGUUAAUGUCACCUGAACACGCUGCUAUGGGCUGUGCCUUUGCCUUGCCUUCUCCGGCAGGGAGAUACAGUGCGAGGAGAAGCAGAGGCUUUCUGGCAGGUGGCCCUGGGCUGCAGUAGCUAUGGGGCUGUUUUGUCCCCAGUCGUUGCUAGCCAGAUGAUGCCCAUCAGCCUGUGCACUGGUGCUGAACUCUGCUGCUUUGGUGUGGCUUGCUGCAAGGCCUGCUCAGCAUAGUGGAGGAAGUGUGUAGCCGUAUGCGUCCGAGUCCAUAUUUGGGCCCAGGCAGCUGAGCCAAAGUUGCUGGCUUUGUUACAUUUCCCGCGGUGGGUACGUCUGAUGGAAAAUCUCAUGCUGAUGCCUGUAAAAUUGACCUCGCUGAGUGGGGUGAGGGCGGGAGGACCCUGUGGGCUGCUGUUGGAAAGAUUUCCAGGGCAACAGUGGGGCCAGGGUGGGGCUGGCCUCUGCUCUCCUUGAGCAACAAUGUGAUGCAAAACCUGCCUCUUCCAAACUUCCUUAGGAGCAAAGGACAAUGUGCCACUGCCAAGUCAAUACACUGCCAGUCAGCCCAGCGGGGCGGCAUCCUUGCAGGUCCCUUGGGAACCUGCCCUGCUCUGCUUUCCCUGCCUACUUCUGCAAGUGGGGGGUGCUCGGUCUCAGCUGCCAGAAUUUCUACGGCUUGCUGGGACGGAGCCUGUUCCUCUUCCCUGCCCUGUGCACAGUGGCUCCACAGCAGCCCAGCCCAGCUGGGUGAGUUUGCUAGGGGGCUGUUUGUUUAUUAAAGACCUUACGUACCCACUGGCUGGAACAGCACAGGUGCUGUGAAUGGGCAGAUUCACUUCCACAGGGGGCUCUGGCUGGGUCCCAACCUUCUGUGCACCAUUCUAAGUGCAUUGGAUUGUGGGAGGUAACGUGGGCUAGAGCAGGGGCUGGCGGGGGGACCAGAACUCCUGGGCUCUAUGUCUGGCUCUGCCGCUCUCCCGGGUACUGUGGGUGUCAAAGGGGGAUUAGGAGGCCUGCCUCACAGGGGUGGUUGGGGGUUGUGUCCUGAUUGUGUGCGAAGCUCCUGGGGCCCCUCGAUGAGAGGGGCUAGAGAACGGCAGCGUUGGAGCCGUUGUCGGAGGAUAACAACGGAACCGGGAGAUUGGAACUCCAGGCUGUUAGCGAUGCUGGACGCAGGUGGGAGGAACUGGCUCAGGAGCUCUCCCCCUGCCAGUUCAGACCAUGGGGGGACCUGUCUCUUCAUUUGAGGGGCCCCUUCUCCUUGACCACCCAAGUUUAUUCCCCUCUAGCUGCCAGUCCCCAUCACGCACACUUGCUCCCUGCCAGGGCGGUAGCAAUGCAUGGAACCCCCUGGGGCCGCUGCUGCACGACCUGGGACCCAUGGUCACUACGUUUCCCUGGGGCAGGGGCUGGCGGGAGCUCAGACCUCCUCUAGGGGGCUCUGCAGUGCCACCCACAUAGCCCUUGGCCUCGACUCUUUGCCCUCCGCCAGCGUUCCUGGCACCCCCAUCUCUGGAGCCUAGACUUAGCCACAGCGGUCUGGAACAUGCGGUACUGUAUUGGUGCUGCGGGACAUGCUGUCGCACCCAGGAAAUGAAGGGACAGAGAAGUAUUUGCAGUGGGGAAGUCACCUCCUAGAAGCCUGUGUCCAUUUCCUGGCUCUGAACCCUCAUGGCUUUCCAGCGGGGAUUUUGCAUUUCCUCCCUCUGUCCCCGUGCUCUGCCUUGCUAUGCAUUAUCAUCAGUUAUGUGUAAAGUCUGAAUGCACUAUUUAUCUCCAGACUGUUGUGUGGCUUCCCAGUCUCUGUGGGGCUUCCACUGCCACACAACCACCCAGGUCUCAUAAUCUCUCAUCCAGUUAAAAAGGCACACAGAGGAGAGCCAGCUGGAAGGCAGGUUCUCUUUGGACCAGCGCCUGCUCCAAAUUUGGGAUGAGAGGAUCCUCCUGGGACAGAGUGUGAGUCUUUUGUGGCCAAAGAUCUUUGACUUUGGAAAACAUCUCACUACUGAUCUUGUUUCUGCCUUUUAUUUCCUGCACACAUUGUUCUUAGAUUGCAAUUUGCCAAUGAGUUUACAGAAUACACAGUGUAGGUCUAUCUCUGUAUAAAUAUAUACUCGUGAAGGCAUUGUUACAGGUAGUGUGUCUUUCGUUUUGGUUUUGUAUCUUCUGAUCUAGUUGGCCAGAUCUGAUGAUCUCACCAAAGCCUGCGUGCAGAACGUUUCUAUUGCUCUUUGUACAUUUCAAAGCAAAAUAAACCCUCCCCC